GUGUCCAUCAUAUUAAAUGUUUGUUGAAUUAUAUCAAGUACUUUAGAAGAUAUUUAAGGAAACCCCAUUUCCAGCGGCGCCCUUCUGGGACUCACAUCUUCGUAUAUAGGGAGGGCCUUUAGGGAAAAACUUUAUAUCUUACUUUUUCAUGUUCCAUAUGGAUCCCAGAGAUUUCCCACACUUUCAGGGACACCCUGUAUACAUCGUGUCGCGAUUCGAAGCAUCCCGAAUGACUGGCUUGUUUUGCUCCGCUCUCCGCUAUUCCGGAAAUGCCCGCCAUCUCCCAACGAACAAAAAAAAAUAAAGAAAAAAAAAAUAAUAAAAAAUUGUUAUCUCCUUCGAGAGGUUGUGACUAACGAUUUUCGUGACCGGGAAGGCCCGACCAACCGGCGGGGCCGCCGCGACGGCCGCCCCCCCGGCAGGGGCGGGGGGCGGAAUUUCUCCUAUUCGGGGAUUUUCUCCUAUUCUCGCUCGGCGAUCAUUCGAAGCGAUUCCGCCGGAGCCGGUUCGGGGAAAAUGUGCGAUUUCUCGCUCGAUUGACUAUGUAAAAGUUUUCGUUGUGUUUUUAAAUCGCGCGAGGUUUGCUAGAGGAGCUUUUUUGUGGUUUUUUUUUGGGGUUUUUUUCGGGGUGCGAUGUUCAAGUGAUCGGGAAUUAUGGAAUUUUGGGAUAUGGACGACAGGAGGGAGGCGAGGCAUCGGAGUUUGCCAGGUCGAGGAACGGACUUCGUCGGCGGCAUCGACAACGAGGCGUUGGAUUUCUCCCAAUUGGAGGACUUCAUCAACAGCGAGGGUUCCCAAGGGAACAACACCUACUUCGGCGACUCCUUGAACACCACGCCCUCGUCCGGCAAGCUGCUCAAUGUCAUCGUCGAGAAUAAACGAAACGCCAACGGGCAUUCGCUGCCCGACAGCCCGCCGGACAGCAGCUCGGAGCACCCGUACAGCCCGCAGGACGGGUGCGAGCAGCAACAGCAGCAACAGCAGCAGCAGCGGCAGCCCCAGCAGGACUCGAUCUACACCAAUUUGAGCCAGAAUCUCUACAAACCCGCCUCGCUGCUCAAUCCCAUUCUCGCCGACAAUCUGAUCUUGGGCUCGCACAUCGUCGUCGCCGAUCAGACCGGCGCCGAGCAGUUGCUCGACGACGGCGGCAUGAUGCAAGAUGGCGCCGGAGGCGGCGGCGGCGGCGGCGGCGGCCUCGCGACAAUACUCAAUAGUCGAUCGAUUCCGGAUAGUAUUAUUAUUUCCGAAGCUAACGUUACAGAUAACAACCGUCAGCUUUUGUUGUCCUCUUCGGAACCGGCCGCCUACGAUAGGUCGAUGUACAAGAACGACGACUACGAGAAGAACAUCGUCCAUUUGGGCUACAAUCCCAACAUAGAAAAUAUACCUAGAAACGGUUUAGACAAUAAUCUGUGCGAACAAACCAUCGACAACAUGCCGGCGGUCUACACGAACCUCCAAACGUCCACCAAGAAGCGGAAACUGUCGCAGGAUUCGUUGCUCGUCAAAAGCGAACCCGAUCAUUGUCAACUCAGCCCCUCGGAGCAUCUCAACGCCUCAAUGGACGAGGACUACGCCUCAUCGGAGGCUUGCCUCUCGGAAUCUCAGUAUCAAUGCAUCAGAUUCAGCGCCUUCCAGCAGACCAAUUGGCACGUUCUCUGCGAUCAGAAUCUCACCGAAUUACCCGUACCGAUUUAUCGGGUAGACGCCGAUAAAGGAUUCAAUUUCUCCAACGCCGACGACGCCUUCGUUUGCCAGAAAAAGAACCAUUUCCAAAUCACCUGCCACGUUCAGUUGUUGGGCGACGCGCAAUUCGUGAAGACGCCCGACGGCUUCCAGAAGAUAUCCAGCUUCCAUUUGCACUUCUACGGCGUGAAGCACGAUUGCCCGACGCAAACCAUCCGCAUCGAACAGAGCCAGAGCGACAGGAGCAAGAAACCCUUUCAUCCGGUCCUGGUGGAAUUGGUGAAUUCGCAGGUGACCAAAGUGACGGUGGGCCGGUUGCAUUUCAGCGAAACGACGUCGAACAAUAUGCGGAAAAAGGGCAAACCCAAUCCUGAACAAAGGUAUUUCCAGCUCGUCGUCGGGCUGCACGCGCACACGACAAACGGCCAUUUUCCCAUCGUCAGCCACGCCAGCCAGAAGAUCAUCGUCAGGGCGUCGAAUCCGGGUCAGUUCGAGAGCGACGUCGAAUUGUGCUGGCAGAAAGGCCAAACGCAGGAUUCGGUGGUGCACAACGGCAAAGUGGGCAUAAACACCGACAGACCGGACGAGUCUCUUGUCGUGCACGGUAACAUCAAAAUAACGGGUCACAUCAUCCAACCGAGCGACAUUAGAGCCAAGAAGAACAUCAUCGAAUGCAACACCGCCGAGCAAUUGAGGAACGUGCAGAAGAUUAGGGUAGUGAGAUACGAUUACGAGCCCGAGCUGGCGAGCGAAUUGAGCAGGGACAGCGAGUGCUCCGACACGGGCGUGAUAGCUCAAGAAGUGGCUCGAGUUCUACCGGAGGCGGUCAAACCGGCCGGCAAUAUCGUCUUGUCCAACGGUACUUCUAUCGAUAAUUUUUUGGUUGUUAAUAAGGAGCGAAUCUUCAUGGAGAACAUCGGCGCUGUGAAGGAGCUGUGCAAGGUCACCGACAAUUUGGAAACCAGAAUCGAUCAAUUGGAGAGGAUCAACAGGCGAUUGAACAAAUUGAAGAGGGGCGAUAGUCUUAAAUCGACCAGUACCGUUAAUAGUUCGAAAUUAUCGUAUUCGCACAAAUGUUCGAAACACCACCACAAUUGCCAGAAGGACGACGAGCUUUGUUCGAAUAAAUUCAUUCAAAUCGUCAUCGUGAUAUUGGUGUUGAUCAUGGCCUUUUGUUUGGCGGCGAUAACGACGCUCUAUCUGAUGGAGGCGGCCCGAACGACGCAAUACAUUCAAACCAACAUCGACAGAUCCCGCACGGCGAAUUACGGCACCACCCGAAGGCCGGACAAAACCAAAAUCCCCAAUAAAGCUUCGACUUGGUAUCCGACGUUGCCUCCCUAUCAGACCACCAACGCCUACAAAGAAGAAGAAGUCACCAAAGUCACCGUAGAUCCUAACAUAAUCAACAUGAAACCCAGUAUAAUAAUCGGCCGGCCGUUGGAUUGCCUCGCGGUCGAACAGGACCUGGAAAGUACAAAUUUGUGUCAGAUUUACUGUUGCGCGAACCCGCCGUCGAGGCAUUCGCAGGAGGCGCUGUCGUCGCAUUACGCGUCGGAGAAGCGUUUGAACGCGAACAGAAACAAAACGGCGCCUUUGGUGAAUUUGGAGAAGGUGAAAUUGGCGAAGCCCUUCCAUUCGAACGACAUAGACAACAAACCGAGGACCAAACGGGACGCUUUCAGCGACGAUUCGAAUCUGUUCGAUGUCGCCGACGAUCAAAUGUUUACCAUCAUCAUACACGGUAGGAACUUCAACGCGACGUUGACGCCCAAAUACAAGGAAGAAACGAAUUCGCAAUACAACAUAUCCUAUUCAGUGCCAGUAUCGAAAUAUAUGCCGGAUGAAUUCGUCAAUCUAAUCUUCAGAUCGUCUCAAUCGAAUAUAAAGGAGAUCGAACGUUGUUACAACGAGCACAGGCAACGCGAAUGUCCGUUCGUCGGUUCGUCGGGUUAUUACGAUGAUAAAAUCAAAAUCAGGCAUAAGGUUAACGAGAAUUCGCCGACGCAGGUCAUCGGGUACCAGAGCGUGGUGUUCGAAGUCGAUAUGAUCGAUUUCCAAUCGAAGGUGAUGACUUAUAGGGCUUCGUUGAGACAGAAUCCGAAUACAUGCAAAUUGUCUCCGUCAAAGUUGGGUUUGGAAUACAUAGAAUAUAAUUUCCAUUUUUAUAGACACUGUGAUGAAUGAUUUAUCUCUAUUUUUUUUUUUUUAGUUUGUUAGUUAUAUGUGGAACAAAACUAAUCGACAUGACAAGUUUUAUGUAAAUUUUCGUUUGUAUAGAGAUUAUUUUUAGGGUGUAUAGAAUGGUUUUGAGAUUUUUUUGGAAAGUGUGUAUUUGAUCCUAUUUUUUUUUUUUUUAGUUUUAAGGGUGAAACGUGUGAGUUAAUUUUUUGUUUGAUAAUAGAAUACGGAAAAUUAGCGAACACUGUUCACGUAAUUUUACAUUUAAACGAAAUCAUAUCACGUACCUAAACUACUCUAAUCGAAUAGAUUUUAUUUAUUUUGAAUUUCUAUAUAUAGAAAAUUUAUUUUUUUGUUAUGUUAUAGCGCGCAAGAUCAAAUUUACUAGUAGUUCGAUUUGAAUAAGCAAUACUUAUAAUAAAUACUUUUAAACGUUCACAAUGUAUUAAAGUAAGUUCUCUAUUAGAUUUAUGUAAUAUAUCUUAAGGAUUCCCAUAGGAGAUUUUUCGUAAGCAUCACACGUAGAACAAAAAUUACUUGCUCAAAAAUAUUUAGUUUAUGUUAAAAAUCAAUUUUUGUUUAGUUGAAAUAAUAUUGUCUUUGUUAAUUCCGAAAUAAAUUUAAAAUUUUCUACAACAGUACAAAGCUUGAAUUAAAUUGAAUAAGAGAAUAUUUUUGAAUUAAUAAGGAAAAACCUACUCGAGUAAUAGCAAUAAUCUAGUCUAAAAGGAAAUAACAAAAAUAAUAUUCUUUAUAAUACAGUGUACUUAAAAAUCGUGUCCGUCCAAUUUGUGUCUAUUUUUUAUACUUAAUAUCAAUCUUAUUUUACACGUGGGGAUGUAAGCUUUAAUUUUGAAACGCUAAUAAAUAAAAUUUAUUAACCGUACAUUCCUUUUAUCCCCGAGUAAAAUAGGAAUGGUAUUAACACAAAAGAAUAUAAAAUUUAGUUAAGUAUAAUAUAUGUGCUAGAAUCUUUAUAGGUAAUAAUAAAAAUAUGAAAUGUAUUAUUUUUCAUAAUAGUCUUAGUUAUGGCGCAAUUAAAAAGUAUCUAGCGAAAAUAGGAAUGUAAUAUAUUCAGUCAUCAUGUAAAAUUUAUAAUUUUGUUUUUGUGAUUCUGUACAAUAAAAUUGUUUUUCAUUUUGUAG